AUGACACAAAUCCCCACACUGUCGCUACAUCCGAAUCAGCUGGUUCUGCGUACACUGUCACCUCUGUCGGUGCAGCCACCAUCAUUACCACUACAGCAGCCACAGCAACAACAACAGCAGCAACAACAGCAACAACAGCAACAACAGCACCCACAUCGCCAUGAUCAUGCACUACAACAGACUCAAUCUGAGGUGCAGUUAGAUGUACCUCACCCACCAGAUCAACAGAUGGACUACUUCCAUCCACAAGCAGGCGAUAGUACGCUUAUACCGAAUACACCAGUCCAUCAUCAACCCCCGGAACAAGACCUGUCCCAGUUAAUAUCUACAACUGGUAAACAACGACUACCUAGGAAGUACUUUUGCAAAACUUGUAAUCAAGGCUUUACUAGAAAACACAAUAUGGUAAGCCAUGAACUUAUACACUCGUCUUUGAAACCCCAUAUUUGCAACGUUUGCCAUUUGAAAUUUAGGAGAAUACAUGAUUUGAAACGUCAUGAAAAACUUCAUACUGGAGAAAAACCAUAUAGUUGUGAUAGGUGUUCACGAAGGUUUGCCAGACCUGACGCAUUAACGAGGCAUCAGAACUCGACAAAUGCAUGUACAGUGAAUGCAAAUAGCAACAACAACAACAACUUUUGCAAUAACAAUUCCAUGGGUAACAUUCAUAAUGGUUACACAAAUGGAGAAUCCAGUUCACCCAACUUCAAUCAAAAUCCUGUUAAUAACCAAACAAGACCACUUUCCCAUUUACAUUCGGGUAACAGUGUUGACAGCGGUGACGAAGUCCCUCAACGUCCGGCAUUAGCGGUCAAUCAACACGACGAACGAGAUUCUUCAGCAGCGUCAAAUUCAACUGGUGCAUCCUCCAAUUUUAGUUCCACAGGCAAUGAACCUGCCACCAGUGGUGACUCUACAACAACCCACGAUACAAACUGUAUACCGACAUUGAAAACAAUUGGACUCGAUCAGGAAAAUUCGGACAAUAAACAAAAUACCAGAAGUCGCAGUAACCAAGAGUUUAGCACAAAUCGUCAUCAGCAUAUGACUGAACAACAACGAAGAACGCAAAGUCUUGACAACAAAACGUAUCCAACUAUACAGAAACACAUCUUGCAGAAAGCUUCCAGUGGAUCAUCAUCAGCAUUUACACCAAACCCAAUACAUCCCCUCAGUUUCUACCCAUUUCCUAACUUCAACAACCUCAACAGUAGUAACAAUAGCAACCCCAACAAUAAUAAUAACCAUCACAUGAAUCAAAUCUCAUUACCGCCACUUUCAGUACCACAUCAACCACUGCCUCAAGCUUCAUUCAUCCCCCAAAUGACUCCACAUUUUCCCCAGCAAAAUUUCGAUGGACUGCUACCAAUUAUCACAAAAGGCACUGGUGCUAGCUCCAUCACCACCAUCAGCGGUACACCCUAUGGUGACGAAGUUCAUCCGAUACAGCGCAGUGAUCUGACGAGUGUUUCCACUCUUGCACUGGCCAAAAGCUCGCCAGGUCUACCGGGGCUUACCCAUAUUGCUGCAACACCAAUGAAGUUCCCACCCAAUCCUACAUCCAUACUGAAAACAAUCGUUGCCGGCAAAUAUUGGACAUCAAACUUAUCUCCAGGGAGGCCACCCAAAUCAGGAAACAUUACAGCUGGUGUAACUGGCGCUACUGGUGGGACGCCUAUUUCAAACCCAACGCAAAUUGGUAAUUCUAACUGGGGUCCUUCGCAAAAUCGCGGUGCUUUCAUUUCAUCUUUGCCUCCUCCUUCUCAAUUGUUGAAUUCAGCCUCAUAUUCUGGGACAAAUAGAAAUGUAUCACAACAGCUGGAGCUAAAAGCAGAUGGCUCAUCUUCUCAAUCAGCUCAAGAUCAUCAUUUUGCACCCAGACCACGGGACUUGUAA